CGUCAACGGCGUCAUCACCAUUACUACAUGAUGGGACUGCAUCCCUUCUUCGCCCUGAACCCGAUCUGACCCUCAACUACCUUCUUCGUUCAAGGAUGCUUAUUUUGUUUACUCCCCUUUCAUCUAACUAACAAUGGCAGACUUUGUGAGCUCUUCCUACCACGAUAACACCGACCCUGACCCCAGGGAGGCGAAUAUCCUAUCUCAACAUCUCGACCCACAGUUCACCGCUUCGUUACAGGAUGAACUCACUCCCCCAGAUGCACCAGACGAGCACAACUCCGGCGAGUCCGGCCCUGAACCCCAAUCCUCCCUUAAACUUCAAGGCGGAGAUAUUCACCGAGACCUGUACCGCAUCGAUGCCCGCUCAAAGCAGGCCCGCCUCGACAAGCGAGCCCUGACCUUCUCCCACCUCCCUCGACAGACCGACGAUACCGUUGAAGAAAGUGUCGCUGCCAACGAACCCGGUAGCUUCCGCCGCCACUUCCUGCAGAAUAAGUAUGGUCGUUUAGAUGGGCGAGGCGUCACCGCCUCGUUCCUCGAUUUCUUGGAUAACUAUGGCAACUUUGCGGGCGAGGACCUGGUCGAUACGGACGAGGAGGAAUCGGCGAUCGCGGAAGAGGAAGAGAGGGAGGCCCAUGAACGGAGCCCUCUGUUGCGUCGUCGGAAGAGUGCCCGGGUCGCUCGGCCCGGCGAUGCUUCCAAUGUGAAGACCUUCUUCACGCUGCUCAAGGCUUUCGUCGGGACGGGUAUCAUCUUCCUGCCCAAGGCCUUCCGCAACGGAGGAAUCCUGUUCUCGUCCGUGACCCUUCUCUUGGUGUCGCUAAUCAGUACCUUGUGUUUUCACCUGCUGCUGGAGUGUCGCAGACGGUAUGGUGGAGGUUAUGGUGACAUCGGAGAGCACAUCGCUGGCCCACGAGCGCGAUCGCUGAUUCUUUCGUCGAUUGCCAUCUCGCAGUUUGGAUUUGUCUGUGCGUGUAUCAUCUUCACAGCCGAAAACAUUCACUCCUUCAUGACGGCGGUGAGCUCCGCGCCACCCGAGGCGCUGACCACUGGGGCUCUGAUCGGGUUGCAACUGGUGGUUCUGAUCCCGUUAUCAUUGAUCAGGAACAUCUCCAAGCUUGGGCCUGUGGCUCUGCUCGCAGAUGUGUUUAUUUUGAUGGGACUAGGGUACAUCUACUGCUACGACAUUGCCAGUCUGGCCUCUGGGGGCAUAGCAUCGACAGUAGAAUUGUUCAAUCGACAAUCGUUCACCCUGACCAUCGGAUCCUGCAUCUUCACCUUCGAGGGCAUCGGAUUGAUUCUUCCCAUUCAGUCCUCCAUGAAACACCCGGAGCACUUUGACCGACUCCUCUACAUUGUCAUGGGCAUCAUCACGGUCCUGUUUACGGCCGUGGGUGCACUCUCUUACGCCACCUUCGGGGCGGACACCAAGACGGAGAUCAUCAGCAACUUUCCCCAAGGCGACCGGUUCGUCAACGCGCUGCAGCUGAUCUACUCGCUCGCCAUUCUCAUCAGCACUCCCAUCCAGCUGUUUCCCGCUGUGCGUAUCCUGGAAGGCAAGCUCUUCGGCCAGGGGUCCGGCAAGCGCGACCCAAUGAUCAAGUGGAAGAAGAACGUGUUCCGGACGACCGCCCUGCUCGGCUGCGGGGUGUUGUCCGCGGUCGGAGCCGGAGAUCUGGACAAAUUCGUGUCGCUGAUCGGCUCGUUUGCCUGCGUGCCGCUGGUGUACAUCUACCCCGCGUACCUGCACUACAAGGGCGUGGCCUCGUCGCCGUGGGUUAAGCGGGGUGAUCUCGCGAUGGUGGUGCUGGGCUUUGGCUUUAUGAUCUACACGACGUCGGCGACGGUUUCGGUCUGGGUGGGCAGCUCUUAGCUUGUUUUACCAUUGCAUUAGGGUGGGGGUUGUAUAUGUAGGGAUCUGCAUGUUCAGAAUGUUAUGCCAUUGCGCUGGUGUUGGGGACGAUCAGCAUGUUACGGGACGGGUUUGCCAUGUGAUGCAUUGUUAUGAUUUAUGCCAUUGCUUUUUUUUUCUGUGUUAGUGGUGGUCGGCAUGUGCUUGAACAGUCCAUGCUGGGGGUUGCAUGCUAAUGAUUUGCUUCCAGGUGUUGUGGUGAACUAAUGCGAUACAGGAUAGACGUGACGUGUACAAGGUAGACUGGGCGACCGGUCUAUCAUAAACUCAUCAAGCAGAUGAAAGAAGGGUGGGUGGCUUUGUCUGUUGUCCUGGCGGUUCUUCUUCAUUUUCAAUAGUUCAAUUCAUUUUGGUGCUGCGUAGAUAG